CGCCCUCCCGCGCACGCAUGCGCACUGCCACUGCAUCGCUGACGCAAGACGUGGUCGCCGAGCGGAGUGUGGAAGAACAAACUAUCUCUCUUUCUCUCUCUCUGUCUGCCACUCUCUCUCUCUCACACACAACCUUGCCCGCCGCAAACAUGUCCGGAGACGAGAUGAUCUUCGACCCCAACAUGACCAAGAAGAAGAAGAAGAAGAAGAAGCCUUUCAUGCUGGACGAGGAAGGCGGAGACGUGGGAGGAGAGGAGGUGAAGGAGGUGGAGGUGAAGGAGGUGGAACCGGAGGCUGGAGACGACAAGGACUUUGACCUGGAUGAAGACGACAGCAGAAAGAAAGAGACGUCUGACGACUUGAACGACCUCAACUUCUUCAAUCAGAAGAAGAAGAAGAAGAAACCCAAGAAAGUAUUCGACAAUGACGUGGAGGAGGGGAUGAAGGAGCUGAAGAUCGAGGGAGAGCAGGGCGAUGUGCUGGAGGACGACAUCCUGGACAAGAAGAAGAAAAAGGCCAAGAAGGUGGAUUUUGACGAAGGGGAACCUUUGGAGAAAGACGACGUGCUGGAGGACGACGAGAGCAAAAACAACGACGGCAUUUCCUUCAGCUCCAGCACAGGACCAGCCUGGGCCGGCUCUGAACGGGACUACACAUAUGAUGAGCUCCUGAACCGAGUGUUCAACAUCAUGAGGGAGAAGAACCCUGACAUGGUGGCUGGAGAGAAGAGGAAGUUUGUCAUGAAGCCUCCUCAGGUGGUGCGAGUAGGAACCAAGAAAACCUCCUUCGUCAACUUCACAGACAUCUGCAAACUCUUGCAUCGCCAGCCCAAACAUCUCCUGGCCUUCUUAUUGGCUGAGCUGGGAACCAGUGGUUCCAUCGAUGGAAACAACCAGCUUGUGAUCAAAGGAAGGUUCCAGCAGAAACAGAUAGAAAACGUAUUGAGGAGAUAUAUCAAGGAAUAUGUGACGUGUCACACCUGCCGCUCGCCAGAGACCAUCCUGCAGAAGGACACCCGCCUCUACUUCCUGCAGUGCGAGACGUGCCACUCGCGCUGCUCCGUGGCCAGCAUCAAGACGGGCUUCCAGGCAGUGACGGGCAAGAGGGCGCAGCUGCGUGCCAAAGCCAACUGAAGUUUCUCCUCUCCAUUUUUCCAAAAGGACUUGAUGCGUUCAAGUGCAGGUGGAUUCAACUGGUCGUCCUUCUUGUCGCCCCAGGCAAGAUGGCCACCAGCUACAUUAUUUCAUGCUGCUUGUUUGUUUUUUGCUCCAAUAUUUGAUUCUGCUAUUAAAAUCAGAUUUAUCAAA